CUAUUCAUAAAGUGGGGCUGGCUGUCCCACCGGUGUAACUGGGUGUAUUUGGGGAAUGUAGUGGAGCAGUCUGUUACAUUGGCUAACAACCAUAAUGCUGAGUGGGGCCAGGUCAGGAUGUUGACCUGCGGGGAGGUUUCCUCACAACAGCCCCCACAUGUUUUGGAGGAGGAUGGGAGCGAGGACGGUGUUGUUAUGCUCAUUUCAGUGACUCCGAAUAUUUUACUUUAUUUGAACAUUAUUUGGCGCUUUAACCCUUUUAAUGUAAAGGCAUAAAUAUUUGUAUUUGUUCUGAAUAGACUGUGGGUGUGUGAUGGUGGAUAGGUGGGCGUGCGCUCUUUAACCUUCAUGGUGAUCUGGAGGACAGGGUGAGGAAGGAGGGAGGGGGAGCGGAGAAAGGGGCUGGCGUCCGAUGCCGAAACACAGCAGCAGCAGCCUGGAGCUGCCCGCAGGGACGCGCAUCGCUGGACUUGCAUCGCUUCGACCGAGAUGAUCGGGCCACUGGGCAAGCAGACCCUCUCCGCGAUCUUGCUGAUCAUCUCCAUUCAGGGGGUGGUCGAACCAAGUAAUUCUCAUCAUGCAACCUCAGCACCAGUGUCUAGGGGUGAUGAAGACCGUUUAUCUGUGGUGGAGAUUUUUCUUCUUUUAGGAUUCAAUGAAACAAAGAAGGUGAAUAUAACAAUGGCCACAAAGAUCAGACUGUCCUGCAAUUUGACAAUUCUAACAACAAAAGAAUCUCCAACAAUUGGAACCUGGAAAAAAGAUGGCAAUGAGAUUGGUAAAGAGGAAGUUGUGUCGGUGCAGAAAGAGGCUUCCUUAUCUCACGAGUUUGAUUUUCAGAAUGGCAGUGAUGCUGGAAACUAUUCUUGUAUCUUUGACACACACCCAAAAUUGGAAGGCAGGUUUGAAGUUCAAAUUCCUCCUAUUUGGGCCAAAAGUGUGAGUCUAACACGUUCAACUGGUGAUCAAGUUAAUUUAACUUGCGGAAGUGAUCAGUAUGCUCCACUCAACUGGAUUUGGUCGAAGGAAGCCCAGAGCAGCAAAGUGAUACUGAGUAAUGAAACGGAAGACUUUUACAUCCAUAGUAAUGUCAACAAAUCAACACUUUCAAUAAAAAGUAUCAUAAUGGAUGACACAGCUUACUACCGCUGCAGUGCACACUAUGCAGUGGGGGACAGUACACUGCGGAUCUACCUGAAGGUUCACGGCCUAACUGCAGCUAUUAUCCCUUUCCUGUGUAUUGUUGCUGAGGUACUUGUGUUAGUUGUUGUCAUUCUGGCUUGUGAAAGAAAGAUGAAGCAGAAGGAAGAACCCAUCGAAGAUGUAAUCUUUCCAAACAACUUGACCACAGAAGAGCUGCUUGAAUCCACUGAAAAUGGAGCCCGGCAUAGAAAUGUUUAACCUAGUUCCAUGUAAGUAAGUGGGAAUAAUUCAUUUAGACUAGUGAUCUAAACAUCCAUAAGAUCAUAUGAUUAUGUGAUAAGAGCAGAAGUCUACUCUGCCAUUCAAUCAUGGCUGAUCUAUCUCUCCCUCCUAGCCCCAUUCUCCUUACUUCUCCCCAUAACAUCUGACACCCAUACUAAUCAAGAAUCUAUCUCUGCCUUAAAUAUAUCCACUGAUUUGGCCUCCACAGCCUUCUGUGGCAAAUAGUUCCACAGAUUCACCACCCUCUGACUAAAGAAGGUGAUGCCCGACUGAAGAAGGUGAUCCAUGAUGGAAAGUCAACCAACUGCCAAGUCAUUGGUGAGAGAUGAGGCAUACCCUUGGAAUUUCUCAUCUUACUCCAUCGUGCUUUGCUUGAUUGAUGGAGUUGAAAUUAGAACCUAGCUCACUGAAACCUUCUUGACCUGAUCAAAAUCAUAAAACAUUGUUCAUCAAGAUUAAACUGACCCAUCACAACUGAAGUGUAGUGAGACUGCAUUAGAAAUGUGGCAAAUUCAAAGGUUCCCUAGUGCCUCAUAAUAACAGAUUGGUUAAUCUUGCUCCGACAGCCAGGUCUAAACUCUUGUAUUCAUAAAAUAACAUUAUUCAGAAGAUCACACUUCUGAAUCUCGUGAUUGGUGGCUUUUUCUUUAAUUGAUUCCCAAAGAAAGUUACAUUAUCUUUUCCAGUUUGACUUUUAAAGGCUGCACCUUUCGAAAUGUUUUAAGGUGUUUCUAAAAAUGCUUGCGUAAAAUUAACGCAACAUGUAGAGCAUAUGGUUCAUGGGGGAUGAAUUUAUAAAGAACCUAAUCCCUAUUUCAGGCAAAUGCUUUGGAAAUCUUAGGGUUUAUAAGUGAUAGGAACAGAAUAAGGCCAUUCGACCAUCGAGUCUACUGCGCCUUUCGAUCUAUCUUUCCCUCUCAAUCCCAUUCUCCUGCCUUCUCCCCAUAGCCACUACUGAAGAAUCACGGGAUGUAGAGUUACCCAAUACCCAGAGUACUCCCUCCAUGGCCUGAGCAUCACAUACUAUCUGCUGAAGACACUUUGCUGAUUGUUUCAUAGAUUUUAAAUGGUAGCAUUUUUUUUAGCCAAUUACUUUCAAGCUAUUGUUUCAGUUCUGUUCUGUGCUUAUAGAGUCAUAUAGCGAUGACACAAGCCCUUCAGCCCACCUCAUCUAUACUGAACAAGAUACCCCAUCUAAGCUAGUUCCAGUUUCCUGUGGAUGGCUAAUAUCUCUCUAAAACGUUCCUAUCCAUCCACCUAUCCAAAUUACUUUUUUUUAACAUAGAACAGAGAACGUGGAAAAGUACAAUGUAGGAACAGAUUCUUCAGUCCACAAUGUCUGUUCCAAACAUGAUGCCAAGCUAAACUAAUCUCAACUACUUGUGUGAUCCAUACCCUUCCGAUCAAUGUACAUACAUGUGCCUAUCCAAAAGUCUCUUGUAAGCCACUAUUGUAUCUGUUUCCACCACCACCAACCCCAGCAACUCUUUGCAGGCAUCUACCAAAAUCUAUGUAAAAAAACAGCCCCCCAUAUAUUCUUUAAACUUUACCCCCUCCACCUUAAAGCUAUGUCCUCUAGUCUUUGACAUUUCCACCCUGAGGAAAAGAUUUAGACAGUCUACCCUAUAUAUGUCGUUCAUAAAUGUUAAAUGUUGUUAUUGUAGCUACGUCAACAACUUCCUCUGGCAGAUCAUUCCAUGUGCCCACCAUCCACCAGGUGAAAAAACUGCACCUUAAUUACCUAUUACAUUUUACCCCCCUCACCUUAAAUCUAUGCCACCUAGUUCCUGAUUGUUCUACACUUGGAAAAAGAUUCUGUGCAUUCACCCCGUCUAUGCACCUCAUGAUUUUAUACACUUCUGCAAGAUCACUUCAGAGCCUCCUCUACUCCAAGGAAUAACAUCCUAGCCUGCCUAACCUCCUUCUGUAGCUCAGGCCCUUGAGUCCGGGCAACAUCCUCAUAAAUCUUCGCUUCAUGCUUUCCAGCUUGUACUGGAUGUGUUGUGCAUAAAGCUGGUAUUGAUUCCAUUCCACAAAGGGGUUGCUCAGCAGCACCUUAGUACAUAUGCCACAGAGGUUUACCUGCUUUCACCGAUCUCCUUUUGCAAUGCUGCUAAAAUGCCUCUAGCACUGGCCUAUUGUCAUAAUGAAAGCAUUGCAAAUAAUAUUGCAGGCCCCUGAAAAUCACCAUGUCACCUUUGUUGUUGGUUUUGAGCUCUGUCUUCCAUUGGCAAUUAAUGACAUUUUCCAUAUAUUUAAAUGACUGUGCAUAUUUCUUAGCUCAUUUGCAUUUUGAUACUUUCUGAAUUAGAAUUGAUGUGAAUAUUUUUACUCC